CAGAACCCGAGAGUAUCAACGACCACUUUCACACAACAGUAUACCUAUCUAUUAUAAUUCAAAUCCAGAUGACUAUUCCGCACCACUAGGGGGCGCACGGGCGCUUCUGAACACAAGCGAAGUAGAGUCCGCCAACAGCGAGCGGUGCUGGGGGUUUGCUGUAACGCCACACGCAUCGGCGCUGUUGUUAGAUUACAGCAAAAAUGGAGGAUGAAAUGCAGAUGACAAAAGAUGAGCUGAAGUUAUGGAUCGCAGAGAGAGUCCGGGCGAUGGGCUUAAACGACAGUGAGACGGUUGACAAUUGCAAUCACUUGCAAAAUUUAAUAGAACGAUUUCAGAGUCAAGUUUUACUAUUCCUGGAUCUCUGCCAGUCUGUAAAUGAUUUUGAAUCAAAGGUGAAGACCCUCUACGCUUCGCUUGGUUUGGAGUACACAGAUGUGGAUUCUGAAGAUGAUAGUGAUGAUCCGUCAGGUUCAGGUGAUGUGUUUUCGAAGUUGUCCCACCAAACAUCAGCUUCUCUUUCACGAAAAAAAGAGAACCAAGUGGAUUUCCAAAGUAUUGUGGCAAAUAACCCAGUGGUGAUUUUAACUAGACUUCCUGUGUGGAAGAUUGAGGAGUAUGUUAAACCAAAAGCUCGACUCGCAAAAAGCCUGACUGCCACCACCACCACCACCACCACCAACAACAAUGAAGACAACUAUGAUUCUGAUGUAGAAAACAUGGAAUCCGAUGAUGCCUUGUGGCAGCCAGAGGGAGAGGAGGAGUACGAUUCAGAAUAUGAAUCACGGUCAUCGAAGAAGAGGAAAGGUUCUCUGUGGCUGUCGGAGGAUGAUGAAAACUUUUCAGAUUUUGAGUUAAAGAAAUCAUCCAAGAAGAAGAAAAUCAUGAAAAAGAAAAAGCAUCCACCAAAACCAUCACCUCAACAACAACAACAACCUCCACCACAACAAAAACCACCGCCUCAACAACCUCCACCACUACAAAAACCACCACCACAACAAAAACCACCACCUCAACAACAAAAACCAGCACCACAGCAGCAGCAGCAACAACCACCACCACCGACACCUGCAGCACCGGCACGAAGUACCACAAACAAGACUACGAAAGGAGAGAGUGUCAUGCCAGUGUACAUGGUGACCACUCUUUGCCAGUCGACGGACGCCAACUCCAAAGUUCCUCGAGCUGUUCCGCACAAGGACAUCACUGUGGGCAUGGUUCUUCUGGCCCAGAAGUCUUCAAUGUCCUGGGAGAAAGCAGAAGUACAAGCUCUUGUCGAGAAAGAACAAGGUCUGAUGAAGUACAAGGUCUUAUUUGGAGAUAAGAAGAAGACUCUCAUCUCUCCGCACCACAUAGCUUUGGACAUUGUUCCGGAGCCAGAACACCUGUACGUUGGUGCUCGUGUGGUGGUGGGUGGCCUCCAGGGUGCUGUUUACAGACCUGGCAUUGUUGCAGAAAUCCCCUCGAGGAAAAACCACCUAAGGUUUCUUGUCUUCAUUGACAACAGAACAACAGUCUAUGUGAGCUUGACUUUUGUCCGACUGGUGUACAAACCGCUGCAAGACCCGUUAGACGAUAUACGUAACGCAAGCCACAAGGAAUUUGUGAAGGAGUAUAUUCAGUUCUGGCCGUGCCCCCCUCAAAUCCAGUACUCAGUUGGGCAGCCGCUGAAAGUAGAACGUGAUGGAGAGAUGCAGAGAUGUGAAGUGUUGAGGACGGACUGCAGUAUGGUUCAAGUCAAAUAUGAAAAUGAUGAACAAACAGAAUGGCUCUACAGAGGCUCGCUCCGCUUGGAUCAUAUGGCAAACCUGAAGAAAAAGUGGAUUGAGAAAAGUUGGUCACACAAGAAGAAUUCACCCGCUGUAUGAUACACUAAAUUGUGCAUCAUGGAUUUGAUUACUCAACGGUGACCACCAUCAUCAUCAUCAUCAUCACCCAUCCUGCGUGGGACUUGACAGUAAAGAAGAGCGACAGAGCAUCUUGAAUGAAAUGAUGCUGGAUUUUAAGAGUUGAAUAAAUAAUUCCCAGUUAAUGAGA